GAGGAGCCGCCCUGCCGGGAAGGAGCCAGAGAGGGAGUCGGCGGCACAAAAUGGCGGCGGCGGCCGGGACCGGGGCUUCAGGGUCGACGGCCCCCGCGGUAGCGGCUGGCACGCCGGGCUCCGGAGGCACAGCCCCCGGGUCACAAGGGGUGCUGAUCGGGGACCGGCUGUACUCCGGGGUGCUCAUCACCCUGGAGAACUGCCUUCUGCCCGACGACAAGCUCCGCUUCACGCCGUCCAUGUCGAGUGGCCUCGACACCGACACGGAAACCGACCUCCGCGUGGUGGGCUGCGAGCUCAUCCAGGCGGCCGGCAUCCUGCUACGCCUGCCGCAGGUGGCCAUGGCUACCGGGCAGGUGUUGUUCCAGCGGUUCUUCUACACCAAGUCCUUUGUGAAGCAUUCCAUGGAGCACGUGUCAAUGGCCUGUGUUCACCUGGCCUCCAAGAUAGAAGAGGCUCCAAGGCGAAUACGGGACGUUAUCAACGUGUUUCAUCGCCUUCGACAUCUGCGAGAGAAAAAAAAACCUGUGCCUCUACUCUUGGAUCAAGAUUACGUUAACUUAAAGAAUCAAAUUAUAAAGGCGGAAAGGCGAGUUCUCAAGGAGCUGGGUUUCUGCGUCCACGUGAAGCACCCUCACAAGAUAAUCGUUAUGUACCUUCAGGUGUUAGAGUGUGAGCGUAACCAACACCUGGUCCAGACUUCAUGGAAUUACAUGAACGACAGCCUUCGCACAGAUGUUUUUGUGAGGUUCCAGCCUGAGAGCAUUGCCUGUGCCUGCAUCUAUCUCGCUGCCCGGACGCUGGAGAUCCCUUUACCCAACCGUCCCCAUUGGUUUCUUUUGUUUGGAGCAACUGAAGAAGAAAUUCAAGAAAUCUGCUUAAAAAUCCUGCAGCUGUAUACUCGGAAAAAGGUUGAUCUGACUCACCUGGAGAGUGAAGUGGAGAAGCGCAGGCACGCCCUUGACGAGGCGAAGGCACAAGCCAAGGGCCUGCUGCCCGGCAGCACCCAGGUGCUGGACAGUGCAUCGCGGUUCUCGCCUGCCCCCAAGCCUGUGGAAUCCCCCAAAGAAGGCAAAGGAAACAAGCCUUCCCCACUCUCUGUGAAGAACGCCAAGAGGAAAGUGGAGGGUGUGAAGAAAACCAAGGCAGACAGUCCGGUGAAUGGCUUGCCCAAAGGGCAGGGGAGUCGAAGUCGGAGCGGGAGUCAAGAGCAGAGCUACUCAAGGUCCCCAUCACGUUCCGCGUCCCCUAAGAGAAGGAAAAGUGACAGUGGCUCCACAUCUGGUGGAUCCAAGUCACAGAGCCGCUCACGGAGCCGGAGUGACUCCCCCCCACGACAGGCCCACCGGGGCGCCCCCUACAAAGGCUCCAAGGUGCGGAGCUACCGGAGAUCCAAGGACUGCAAGUACUCUGCCCAGAAGCCACACAAGUCCCGGAGCCGGAGCUCCUCCCGCUCUCGGAGCCGCUCACGGGAGCGGGCGGAUACUUCUGGAAAAUACAAGAAAAAAAGUCAUUACUAUAGAGACCAGCGACGGGAGCGUUCCCGGUCUUACGAGCGAACAGGCCAUCGCUAUGAGCGGGACCACCCUGGGCAUAGCAGGCACCGGAGGUGAAGGGGUGGGGGUCCCCGGAGGACUGUGCUUUGGCCCUCGGUGUGGACACCUCAGCUGCUGGCCCUGGGGUGUGACCCUUUCUGGGUAUAAUUGUUGACUCUGGACCGUGUGAUGAAUUUGGAGAUGGCAUGGAGAGGCUGGCAAGGUGCCCUUUCAUCUGACCUGGGCCCGGCCCCCGGCUCUUGCCCAGCGCCUCAGCAGCAGCCCUGCUAGAUGUGAAGGCGGGGCACGUGUCCCAGCAGCGGGGUUUGGUGCUACAACAGGCUGUCUGUUCACCCCUGAACCCAUACUUAAUUACGUUAAACCAAGAAAGUGACUUUUCGAACCUUUGCCUAUAUUAGGUUAUACUAUGUAUGUAUUUUGCAGUGUUUCACAAUGAGAAAAUGGCCUUAAUAGCCCCUUACUCUGUCCGCGUUGUAAAUAAACGUGUUUAAUACGAGUUAAAGCUAUAUAUGAAAACUGAGAACUUGAACUGUCAGCUUAAAACUUGUGUAGAGAAUUCUGAUUUUUAAAAUGUGAAGGUAUUUAGAUCUGUGUUGAAAGUCGUAUAUUUUUAUCUGUGUGAUGCUGAGUGCAGGCCACCAGCUCCUAGAGAAGUUUCCUAUAUAUGCAUUUUACGUUGUUAAAUAAAUUCUCUCUACUCAGGACAUUUGGAAAGUUAAA